AUGUGUAGUGGUCCUUAUGUGGAGAUUGACAUGAGAUCCGGUGAGGUAGAUGGAUAUGAUGCAAUAUUCCUUAGUCCACAUAAGUUCGUCGGGGGACCCGGUACUCCCGGAAUUCUUCUAAUGAGCAAAGUCCUUUAUCAAUUAGGAUCUUCACCGCCUUCAACAUGUGGUGGAGGAACUGUUAGCUUUGUCAAUGGAUUCAAUGAAGAGGACACACUGUAUUAUGACGAUGUGGAAGAGAGAGAAGAUGCCGGAACUCCUCCAAUUAUUCAGAAAAUAAGAACAGCAAUGGCUUUCUCGUUAAAAGAAUACAUUGGUUAUGAAGUGAUCCAAAAGCAGGAGCACUAUUUCAUAGACAGAGCGCUUGACCGGCUUUUUGCAAAUCCAAACAUUUGGGUAUUAGGAAAUAAUAGUGUAAAAAGGCAAGCUAUCUUGUCCUUUCUCGUGUUCUCCACAACAAAUUCCUCAUUUCAUGACUUAAAAAACAAGGCAAGUGAUGGAGGAAUUUCCAUUUGGAGAGAGUCUGGAAACGUGAGAGAUAAACCCCUUCAUGGCCCUUUUGUUGCAAAGCUCCUCAAUGACCUUUUUGGCAUCCAGGCUCGUGGUGGGUGUGCUUGUGCUGGACCUUACGGUCACCAUCUUCUUCAUGUCGAUGAGCCUCAUUCAAUUUCCUUCAAAUCCGCCAUCCAAAAGGGUUACCACGGAGUGAAGCCCGGAUGGACACGAAUUAACUUUGCUUAUCACAUGUCAGUAGAAGAGUUCGAGUUCAUUCUUGCUGCAUUGGAAUUCAUAGCCAUGUAUGGCCAAAGGUUCCUUGUGCUCUAUGACUUCGACUGGAAAAUAGGCAAUUGGACAUUGAAGAAGAAGGCAUUCAAAGAGAUUCAAGCAAUCAAGCAAUGCAGACAAGAAUUCAAUAAUUUGUUGAUCAAUCAAGCUUUCCAAACCGCCAAUUUUGAAGACAAUAAUGCAAUUGCUGAUAACACUACUAUUGAGAUGAUUCACAAAUAUGUGUCUUACUUGGAAACUGCAAAAAAAGUUGCUCAUUCUCUCCCAAAGUUUCCUCCUCCUAGAAAGGUUCCGAAAGAGAUUGAUCUUGAUCUAGUGCAGUUCAGAAUUUAGUCUUGUUCAUCUCUAUUUAUAUAUAUUUUUUAUUAAUUUUUAAUCUAAUGCAAAUUUGUUCUAACAACAUAUGCUGACAUUUAGUUCCAGUUAUAUAUUGU